UAGACGCACAAUGACGAACCGAAUUAUAUGUUUUUAAUUUAUUUUAAUUAACAAAUUUUGCGUGUGAGUGUUUGUUAGUGUGUGUGUAAUUUUUACUCAAUCAUUUGCAUGUGUGAAGUGAAAUGGGUGCGUUGGGUUGUGUAAGUGUAAAAAUGACGCCGACCGAUAGUACUGAAGUGUUUACUGUAGCGAGUUCGGAGCUCUCUUUACACGAAACGCGAAGAGAUCACGAGUCGCAGAUUCUGAAACAGAAAAAUUGUAGCAAUUUACACUGGUUAUGGUGGACGUUUGGUGUGGAUGUACCUUUAUUUCUAAUAGUCACAAUUCUAGUGGGCCUCUUCGAGUUCGGAGUGAUCCCCCACUACAAGAGUGGCUUCUAUUGCAAUGAUCCAGCGCUCUCCUUUCCAUUCAAAGGUGACACAGUUAAAAUGGAAGUCAUAAUGUCUACGAUUAUUAUACUGCCGUUUGCACUGGUAUUCAUCACAGAGUUAGUACUUUUCGAUGCAACAUAUUCACUCCGUGCCAAAUUAAAUUUCACUUCCAAGAUAACAUUUAAAAUAUUUCGAAACUACCUCUGUGGUUUGAUUUUCAACCUUGGAAUUGUUGAAGUCAUGAAGGGUAUUACGGGAAAUCCUAGACCUACGUUCUUUGCCAUCUGUGAACCGGACACAGCAAAGACUUGCAAUGGUUCCGAAUAUGUAAGUACAUUCGAGUGUACAUCAACCCGGUUUUCCAGCUGGUAUCAAAGCGAUUCAUACCACAGCUUCCCUUCAGGGCACACGUCACUCUCUUUGUAUUGUGGAUUUUUUAUGGCGUGGUAUCUCCAGCGUCGUGCGUUCGACUGGCGACAUCGUACAGUUUUAGUCGUUCCUCUCUUACAACUGCUGUGUCUGACCUACGUGGCUGUUUGCUCUCUCACAAGGAUCACCGAUCACCGCCAUCAUUGGUGGGACGUGCUCACUGGGGCUGUUGUCGGGGUUGUCACAUUGCUUUAUACGGUACUGGCACUCUGCAAUAAUUUUAAGACUAAAUCUAAAUAUACCCAGGACACUUGUAUGACGGAUAGCCAACACACCGUGCGAACAUUAGUGUUUGAUGGACCACAUCAAAUGGCAGUGUCAUGAAAUUAAAGUCUUUGAUAGGAUUAAUAAAUUUAAAAAAUAUAAGUUGUAAUA